AUGGUCUCAACGAUAUCGUCGAUAAAGGCUUCACAGCGGCUAGACUCACGAGGGAAACCGACAGUCCAAGUGCGCAUCACAACAAACCAUGGCACGUUCAGCUCUAUUGUUCCCUCGGGUGCAUCCAAAGGCGACUACGAAGCAGUCGAACUUCGCGACGGCGACAAGUCGAUCUAUCAUGGCGACAGCGUUUUGAAAGCCGUGCACAAUGUCGAAUCCGUCCUCGGGCCAUCAAUCAUAGAGGCUGGAUUGAGUCCUGGAAAACAGCUCAAGGAAAUUGAUCGCCUCAUGGUAAAGAUUGAUGGGACUGAAGACAAGAGUAAGAUGGGAGCGAACGCCAUCCUUGGUAUCAGCAUGGCAGCUGCCCGUGCGGGAGCAGCAGAGUCUGGGAUGCCGCUCUAUCGCUUCCUCGCUCGCGAAGCUGGCAUUGAACAGGAGAAACUUGUCCUGCCUGUCCCGUUCAUGAACGUGCUCAACGGAGGCGACCAUUCUGGCAACACCAUGGCUUUCCAAGAGUUCAUGAUCGCUCCAGUCGGUGCGCAAUCUAUCAGAGAAGCUAUAAGAUUCGGCAGUGAGACGUAUGCUUGCCUCAAAACACUCAUCGUCAGCAAGCAUGGCAAAUCGGCUAUCGGACUCGGCGACGAGGGCGGCUUUGCACCACCCAUCUAUCACCCGACCGAGGCCCUUGACCUUCUGGUACAAGCAAUUGCGGACGCUGGCCACGAAGGCAAGAUCAAAAUAGGCAUCGACCCAGCCUCUCAGUCGUUUGAGAAGGACGGUUCGUACAACAUUGGCUACAAAACAGGCGGGAGUGAGGUUAUGAGUGGCACACAGCUUGCGGACUUGUAUCACAGUCUUUUGGCAACGUAUCCCAUCGUUCUGCUCGAGGAUCCAUUCGGGCAGGAUGACUGGCCGGCCUGGACCAAUUUCAUGAAAGACUGCCCAGCGGAGCUCGUGGGUGAUGAUCUGCUUGCAACGAACAUCAAGCGUAUCCGUAUGGGGGAAGAGAAGAAUGCAUGCAACAGCUUGCUGCUCAAGAUCAACCAAAUCGGCAGUAUUACCGAAGCCAUUGAAGCUGCGAACGAAGCUUACAGGGCUGGUUGGUCGGUCUUCGUUUCUCACAGAUCCGGUGAGACCACGGACGAUUUCAUCGCGGAUCUCACGGUCGGUCUACAGACUGGCCAUUUGAAGUCCGGUGCCCCCUGCCGUGGAGAGCGCGUUGCGAAAUACAACCGGCUGAUGGACAUUGAGGAUGAGUUGGAAGAGAACGAUACAGUGCACAUUUAUGCUGGGAACCGCUUCAGAUCGGCACACCAGUCGUGA